AAUGAAGCAGGUUGCUUUUCUUUAACUUUUAGGCCAAAAUGAUUUUUUCCCCAAACACAACCUGGGUGAGCUACACUGACGUAUAGAGGACGUCUCCCGUAGUAACUUGCCCACAGAGCUGGCUAGUGGAAGGGACUCGGAAUUCUGUUGUCGGUGACACAAGUCCAUCUGUGGUUGGAAACGGACUGGACGACGCAUUAUUGAGGCGGCGAGCCACUGAUAGAGCGUUUACAUGCUAAAUAUGUGGAAAGUCAGGGAAAUGGUGGAUAAAGCCACUAACGUGGUGAUGAACUACUCUGAGAUCGAGUCCAAGGUGCGAGAGGUCACCAACGAUGACCCCUGGGGUCCCUCUGGACAGCUCAUGGGAGAGAUCGCCAAGUCCACGUUCAUGUACGAGCAGUUCCCUGAGGUCAUGAACAUGCUGUGGACCAGAAUGCUGAAGGACAAUAAGAAGAACUGGAGAAGAGUUUACAAGGCCUUACUACUAUUGGCAUAUCUCAUCAGGAACGGAUCGGAGCGAGUUGUCACCAGCGCGAGGGAACACAUCUACGACCUUCGCUCCUUAGAAAACUACCAUUUUGUUGAUGAGAAUGGGAAGGACCAGGGCGUCAACGUGCGUCAGAAGGUGAAGGAGAUGGUGGAGUUUGUUCAGGAUGACGACCGGCUCCGGGAGGAGAGGAAGAAGGCCAAGAAAAACAAGGACAAGUACAUCGGCGUGUCCUCAGACAGCACUGGAGGAGGAGGAUUCAACAAGACCAGCUCGGGGGAAAUGUUUGACUCUGAGCCCAAGGGGAAGUGGGAUGAGGACUGGGACAAGAGCAAAGGAGCCUUCCCCUUCAGUGAGAAGCUGGGAGAAAUCAGCGACAAGAUCGGCAGCACCAUCGACGACACUAUCAACAAGUUCCGCAAGAAUGAGAGGGAUGACUCGCCCGACAGAACCAGUGACAACGAGGAGAACAGGGUAUCGCGGAACGGCCGGCCGGUGUCGGGGUCAGGGAAGCUGUCGGAGUUCAGAGACGAGGAGGAGACUGUUACGACCACGAGCAUCCAGAUCAGCCAUGCAACGGAGACUACCACCACACGCAAACGGGCCGGUAUCCGCUCCAAAACCGUGGACCUGGGGGCCGCUGCACACUACACAGGGGAAAGGGGCAGGCUGGACGCAGACAACGUAAAGACGUCUGUUAGCCAGUCUUCAAGCUGUGGCCUUGCAGACCUUCUUAUGGUGGACUCUGAGUCCAGUCAGACUGCACCAGCAGGUGGCAGUUCAGACCUCCUCUGUGGUUUUGCUGACUUCUCCUCCCCAGCUGCCUCAGCCAGUCUCCCUUCAUCAGCCGGGCCAGGGUCCAGUGGGAAGGGUGAGUUUGGGGAUUGGAAUGCGUUCUCCAGUCCACCGGCCCCCACCCCACCCUCAGCUGACUUAUUUGACCUGAUUGGCUCCAAUCACACCUCCCUCAGCGCCUCCCAAAGCAUGACCUUCUCCAUGUGUGGUACCCAGAGUGUGGGUGUCGCCAACACCGGCCUGCCCAUCUCCAGAUCACAGAACUUUGGACCAAUGCAAGGGGGCUUAUUGCCCCAGCACAUGGAGCUCCAGAAGCCCUGCCUCCCCUCCACAUGGUCAGACCCCAGCGUCAACAUCAGCCUGGACUUCCUGUCUCCUGGUAUGCAGAUGACCACCUGCAAGCCCAGCCUCAACAACAUGUUACAGCAAGAUCCCCUGCUUUCAGGAGUCCAGCCGCCCAUCAACCUGACUCAGAGUUUUGGAGGCCUGAAUCUGAACAUCCAGGCCACACCCAUCAGACUUUCCACCAACCCCAUGAUGCCCGCCAGUGCCAUGGGCCUAGGCAUGCCUCCCACCAUGGCAACGGGUACCAUGGGGAUGGGCGCCAUGCGAAUGGGAGGAGUGCCUGUCAAUCAGGGAAUUAUGGGAGUGAACAUGGUUGUGGCCCCCGCAGGCACUCUGGGUAUGCCAGGGAUGGGCGUAGGGCAGCCCAUGGUCAACCCUGCCAUGGUGCAACCCAAACAAGAUGCCUUCGCCAACUUCGGCAACUUCGGGAAAUGAGAGAGCUGAAGGAUAUGUGUGGAAGAGUUUUGUUCAGAAUACACCAUUAUGAACGGAAAGCUGCGUACAUGGACUACUUGAGAAAUAUCUAAUGGUGUUACCCUUCAAUCCCUUCUCUUUAUAUACACUGAGUGUACAAAACAUUAGGAACACCUUCCUAAUAUUGACUUGCACUCCCUUUUGCCCUCAGAACAGCCUCAGUUCAUCGGGGCAUGGA